GUAGGAAAUAUUACUAUCCUGUAGAGAACUACAACUCCCAGAGUUAAACUCUGACUGGCUUUAUUAUACCGUUCAUGGCGUCUGGUCGAGGGCUAAAGACAGGUCGCCUUCUGACAAACAGAUAGGCCAUUGAAUUUAACGGUUUUGUUUUGAAAGUCUUCGCGUGGCACAAUGGAGGUGGAGAGUGUCAAAGUGGAGGAUGAGAGGCGUUUGACCCAGCUGAGGUUUGAGGCCGCCGUGAAAGUGAUCAAGAGCUUACCCCCGGAUGGUCCCUUUCAGCCAUCCAAUGACAUGAUGCUCAAGUUCUACAGUUAUUAUAAACAAGCAACGGUGGGAGCGUGCAAUAUACCACGACCUGGCUUCUGGGAUGCAGUUGGUAAAGCAAAAUGGGAUGCAUGGGAUUCUCUUGGAAAUAUGUCAAAAGAAGAAGCAAUGACCGCCUAUGUUGAUGAAAUGAAAUUGAUCCUGGAGGGCAUGCCCAUGACGGACGAGGUGGAGGAGCUCUUGCGCGUCCUUGGUCCGUUCUAUGAGCUGGUUGACGAGAAGAAAAAGAUCACGCAGAUUUCAGACCUGAGCACAGGGUUUGGCACGAUGUUGAACUCAGUGCAAUCGAAGAGUGUCGCAAAAAGCAUUGUCAGAACCAUGGAAAUGAAUGGCACUCUGGAGAUUCGGCCCACCAGGCUUAAGUCAAAGGAAGUGAAGAAACAGGCGGAGGAAGAAACACAAGAGGAAGAUGAGGAAGAUGACGAGGAGGAGGAGGAGGAGGAAGAAGAGGAGGAAGAAACGAUCAGAAAAGACAAGAAAUCAACAGCUUCUCAGCCAAAGAAGAAGGGUUCAGCCAGGAGACCCAAAGUGCCCCUAUCAAAUGGUAAAUUGGCAAACGGAGUCACCCAUCUGACCAACGGGAGUCACUCCAAAGUUGCACUGAACGGUGACGACUCCAAAGAGGGUUCAGUCAGCGAACUCCUGCUCAACGGCCACCACACCGAUCCCAGUGCCAACAUGUCUGGUCCCAAUCACCUGGCCAGUGACUCAGACAGUGAAGUCUACUGUGAUUCUGUAGACCAGUUUGGCCAGGAAGAGAGCCCAGAGCAUAACCACUCUCUGGGUGACCUGGAAGAAGAGGAGAACCAUGUGCUGCAGACUCUAGAGGCAACACAGGAGAUUCAGGAGGACAUUCAAGGUCCACUCAAAGUCAUCAGGUGCGGAGGAGAGGAUGGAGAGACCAGUGGGACAAUGUCGCAGAGACAGAGGCUGAAUACAGACAUGCCAGACAGCUCCUUGGUCAGAAGAGGACAAGGCUCCAGGUCCCCAGGCCGCAGCUCUGGUGCUCCAGUACCCAUGCACAGCGGCGGAGACGGGGACGGGGGCCACUGGGGAGGAACAGGAACACCCGGAGGGAGUCUCAAUGAGCAGAUUGUUGUGGCAUUGGCCAGACUGCAGGAGGACAUGCAGAGCGUCCUGGAGAGACUGCACACCCUGGAGGCUCUAACUGCUAGUCAGGCAAGAUCAAUGGCUCUGUCUCCAACUUAUCCAUCACCCCCAGUGAAUAAGAAGAGUCAGAAGCCAUCCUGGUGGCCUUUUGACAUUUCUCCAACCAGUUUGGCCUUCGCUGUGAUAUGGCCAUUUGUGGUACAGUGGCUUAUCCGUCUAUACCUGCAGAGGAGGAGAAGACGAAUCAACUGAACACGCUUACAUCCAAAACACCCACGGGCACAGACGAUAACGAGUCCUCUAAAUGUCUUUGGCUGGGUUGCUAAUGGCUGUAACCCCCCCCUGCUUUGACCCACAGCCCAGUAAUCUGCUUUUGCACUAUGAAGAAGGCACCUAGGGUUAAGAGCGAGAGGAAGAUUAUUUCUCAAGUGUGUUGCACUGUGGAUGUGGAAUCAAAAAAGAAACAUGAAUGUAUGUAUGGGCUCGCAGCCUGUGAUUAUACAAACCUUUCAAGAUGACACCACUGUACUAAUCUUUUUUUCUCUGUAAGAAAUGGUUUGUGUUGAGAGGGGUGAACUUACAGUUGGGAUAUUGUCAAUGUGUUUAUAGACCAACUACAGACGCUUCUCAAAUUAUUUCCAUAACUAAGGCUUUGUUGCACAGAAAAAUGGGCCUGAUAUUUUGUUGUUUUAAGCAUAAAGCUUGAUGUGGUUAUAAAUUUUCACAAUUCACUUUCAUUAGUUGCCCAGGCAAUGCUGCUAUAAUGAAAUAUUGUAAUAACUGUAGUGUAGAAAGGAGGAUUGAAUGUAAUGAUAUAUUGAUAUGUGAGAUUCUUUUUAAUUGUGAGAAUAAGUUAAUAUUUAUUGCUUUUAGCGACAGUUACAAAGAAGGCAUUGCUGGCCAGAUUUGAGCUGUAUAAGUGAGGUCUAUGUUCAAAGUGACAGCUAAAUGUUUAUAGGUUAGACAAGGUUCUCGAUGUGUUCUCAUCACCUGUCCUACAGCAUAUCAGCCUGUGCUUUACAUCAAAGUGGUCUGAUUGAGCCUCCACUUAAUUGUUUCCAAAUAGAAAAAGUGCCUCAACAUCAUAGGUACACUCAUAGGUGGCAUUAUGAUUUCAUACUUUCACAUAUUGUAGCAUUUACUGUUAUAGUACUGGACCAAAUGAACAUUAAUCCUACUACCUGGUGAGCCAUGAGGUGGUGAGAGUAUCCAUCUGACAGCUUCAUUUUCCACUCAGCUAUCUGAUUAUUAUUCAUGCCUAGCACUUGUCGCCGUCUGUGUUGUUUACGCUGUCAUGUUUUCUCUGUUGUAUAAUUUAAAUGUGUGAUGUAUUAUGUUUGUAUGAAUAUUGUGGAAAGAUUUUGUCUGAGUGACGGUAAUCAUGAGUUGUUUGCAAAGCAGUGAGAUAUAUACAAAUUGUAUACAGUAGCUGUACAGUUCAGAUGAUUAAAAUGCAAUAUUUUAAUUGCAUUCCCAUGUAUUAUUAAUAUAGAAUACUAUAUCAUAUUUACAAUGGUUUGCAUCUGCAAUAGCACCAAUCUUUCCAGAGCCAUUAUGUUUUAAUAAAAAAGUAAUAGUUUACCUUUCUACUGAAAUGUACUAAGGCUUUCUCACCCUCUCUGCCUGUGGAUAGAGUGGUGUUUGCAUGUGAUAAUCUAAGCCUAAAAUAAAAUUUUCAUAAAGCA